AAAAAGGUCCAAAUAAAGAAGAAAUGACAUAUAUUAACAUAAAAAUAGGUAAAAUAAUAGGUAUCUAAACAUAAUACAAUAAAGCAAAGGGGAUAGGGUAUUUUUUCUGUAAUUUGUACUUUUCUAUCAAAGACGGAAGAUUAAUUGUUUUGCUUUGUUAUUAUAUUUUCUUAAUAAAAAUAUGUAUUUUUUGUAUGCUAUUACACCGCCGAAUCAAUAGAUGGCGCUGAGUUUAUGCGAAACGCGAGAAAUCCACUUCCUGACACAGUUGUAAACAGGCUGCUGCUGUGGAAAGACGCAAAUUCUGUUUUUCACAGAUCUGAUGAUGGAGAACGAGGAGAAAUUCGACCCCGCCAGGACCUGUUGGACCUGCACUGAGUGUGGGAGGAGCUUCACAUGCAAGCGGAGUCUGGUGGUUCACAUGAACAUCCACACCGGAGAGAAACCGCACACGUGUACCGAGUGCGGGAAGAGCUUCCGACAAUCAUCAUCCCUUUACCAGCACAUGAGGAUCCACACGGGACAGAAGAAAUUCAUCUGCGAUCAGUGUGGGCUGAGUUUCAGACAGUCGCCGCACCUUAAACGACACAUGAUGAUCCACACGGGAGAGAAGACACACAAGUGUGACCAAUGCUGCAAGACUUUUUUGAGGGCCUCAGGUCUGAAGGUCCAUUUCAGAGUUCACACUAAAGAGAAGCCGUACUCGUGUUCUCUGUGCGUAAAGCGCUUUACACACAAACAGAAUUUAAUGAAGCAUCAGAUCGUGCACACCGGGGUGAGAGAGUUCGUGUGCUUCGAGUGUGAGAAGACUUUUAUUUCUGCUGAACAUUUGAAACUGCACCAGAGGAUUCACACCGGAGAGAAGCCGUACGAGUGUUCACACUGUUACAAGAGAUUCAGUCGGUCAGGACAUCUGAAAGCACACGAGAGGGUUCACGUUGGAGAGAACCCAUGCUGAUGACACCGGUGCGGCAUGAUCUAUUUUAAUGUGUGAAGAGUUUCUCUCAUCAGAUUCAUGUUGGCUGUGAUUAGUUAUAACACACCUAGUUACUGUGUUUAAAUCAAUGGCUGGAAAAGUAAAGUGAUUACUGUUCAUUUUUAUUUAAUCACAGUUACUAUUAUGCACGACAUUGGGAAAAUCUAAUAAUGCGAUAUUUUAUUUUUCUGCAAUAAAUAUUGCAGCAUGACA